AGGUUUAAGGAAAACUCAAAGAAGCGCCUUAUUUUUGAACAGCGCCCUCAACUUGAAAAUGAUUUAAAGAUGGCAGCGCCCGUCAUGCCCGUGGCCCCGUGACCGUGUUGAACAAUAAUUUUAUUCGGGCAUAACCGUUUCUUCCAAACCAGAACGCAAUCUCCUAACUGAAGAAAAGCAAUGUUACAAAAGAAUAUAAACCAAAGGGUUGUACAGACGCUCUGCUCUUCUGCUGUUCUGUGAUCUCAGCAUGACGAAGCUGUUCCACCCAGUGCAGUUCCUGCAAUGCCAAAUGUCAAUAGCAUCAAGAUCUGUCCUACACAGAAGGUCCUCAGUUACCCUAUCGCACUUCCCAAGGUUCUUUGCAAAGGAUGAUGGUAUCCUGAGAAUUCCCUCAGUUACCCCAAACCCUUGGCAAUCGUCAAAAAGGACGUUGGCAUCUUUUCCAAGAUUGCACCUUAUACCCUGCUUCAGAGUGUAUGUAAUAUCACCCCAGAGUCUUUCCAUGUCAGCGGUUGCAGCUGCAUACCAGAGAAAUAAUUUGUCCUCACCAUGCUAUUCACUAAGGGCGUGGUUUUCCCAAGCCAGCAGAUCUCUAAAUCCGUCAGGGAAAACGGAUCAGGAGAAAGAACGAGUUUUGCUAAGCGAGUACGGGAGGACGUAUUCGGCCACAAAGAGGUACACUGAGCGGAGACUUUGGGAGCAGGAAUCCGACAGUGAAGAGUUGGUUCAGGAAAGGCUCGAUGACUUGCCUCCGGAGGACACAUUUGGUACCCUGACCAACAAGUAUGAAAAGAAGUUUCACGUAAAAGGAGAUGCCUUUGAUCUUGAGGUUGACAGUGAAGACAAAACUGAGGGACAGAGUUUCAGACCGCCAGGCAGGCAAAACACACCGGACUGGUAUGGUAACCAGAUGAAGAAAUUAUGCAAAGAAGGAAAGUUGCUGGAAGCCAUUGACGUGCUGGAGGUUCGCAUGCUGAAGGAAGACAGGGUGCAACCGAUAGAGUUCAACUACGACGUGCUGAUUGGGGCUUGCGGAAGGGAAGGCUACACCAAGAAAGCGUUCAAGCUUUACAAUCAGAUGAAGAAGCGAGGCCUGAGGCCUUCAGACGUCACCUUCACAGGUCUCUUCAACGCCUGCGCCGAGUCGCCCUGGCCGCUGACGGACGGACUGACCAGGCUGCGCCACCUCCACUCCCAGCUCCAGGAGAAAGGUAUCACCGUCAACCAGAUCACCCAUCAUGCCAUGAUCAAGGCCUAUGCAAAGUGCGGUGACCUCCCGGUGGCCUUUGACCUUUUCCGUGACCUCUUGUCGUCAGGUGUGGAGCUGACCUCGGAGAGUUUUGCCUUCCUGCUGUUCGCUUGUGCCAGCGAUAAGGAGAGAGGGUUGCUUUAUGCUAUUGAGGCUUGGCGUCAGAUGCUACAACGAGGUAUCAAGCCUGAUAUCUACACAUACAACCUCCUUCUGAGGAUUGCAAGGGAUUGUGGGAUAGGUGAUCCAGAGGCGGCCACUCGCGUCCUCCUUAAACAGGCAGAAAAACAAUCAGAAAUGCUUCCGGCACCCAAAAAGAAAGGCAAGACAGCUUCAGCUCAAAGGUCGGCUCAGCCUAAGGUUCAAAGGUCACAAGAUAAUCCGAUGACGGGAAUCAUGGAAGUGAAACCACUUGGAGUUGAAGAUGAGGUGCAUCAAGACGUUGUUACUGGUGCAACAGAUUCCAUCAGUCAGUUGGGAGCUGCUGAGAAGACACUGGUUCCCCAACAGGAGGAGCUUCCGAACCUUCUGGACCUGUCGCCGGAUACCAGUCGAGUCCACUCUCUAGCGAACGUCUCGACUGCCUCGGAUCGCCUGGCCCUCCUGGGUGGUGCCAGCGGCAUUCUGGCAAGCAUGAAGAACCAGGGCGUGAUCCCCGACGUCAAGUCCCUGACGCUGAUGAUGGAGAGCCUUCCCAUGACCACUCAGGACGAGGAGAGACUUCUUGAGGUGGUGGAUGAGUACAAGGUCAGGGUAGAUGUGGAUUUCUACAAUGCCAUCAUCCGGAGGAGGUCUCGCAGGGCGGAUCUUGAAGGUGCUAAGGCUGUCUUGCCGCUGAUUCAGCAGAAGGGUUUGUUCCCCAACCUACGGACGUUUGUCAAUUUGGCCUGCGAAUGCAGCCGGGCCAAGGAUGGAAUACAGCUCUUGAAAGACAUGAAGGUAGCAGGUCUCAAUCCAACCGUGAAUGUCUACGAUGCUUUGGUGACUGCAGCGGCACGCAAUCGGGACUAUUGGUACCAGACCGAGCUGCUGAAAUGCAUGGAGAAGGACAAAGUCUCUCCUAAUGAGCGAAUUCUGCAGAAAUUGGAGACCAUGGCAGCGUUUGGUCAGAACCCUUACAAGGGAAGCCGAAGCAAUUGGGCAACCAGGCAGCAAACCAGAUUGAAUCAUUUCCGAGGGGUCUACACCAAAUGGCUUGACCGGAUGGGGCUGGAAGAGACACCACACCCAUGGAAGAAGUUUUACAGACCUAGAGGGGAUCCUCCUGCCUCCCUUGAGCACAAGGAAUGAUGAACAGGUGAUCUGGCAGACUAUGCUCAGAGAUGCUUAUAUGGGCCAUGGUUCUCAUAACCCCACCAGGGCCAGAUCCAGGCUUAGAUCAAGUAGGGUGUUUAGCUGCCGAGAGGAAGGUUUAGCAGGCAUAAGCUGUGUUUUUCUGCACGAUUUUCAUAUUUUCUAUGGCCAAAGAGGGGGUUUACCCUCCCCCUCACCCCACGGAAAUCCACCACUGCACUCUUCCCUUGGUGGAAAGCGGCAGUGGCAAGCACCACACCACCCCCCUUCCCAUUUCUUCCUUUGCUUUCGUUUGCAAAUCCAGGCGCGGUUCUAGAACCAAUAUUUUGGGGGGCUAGCAGGGUGGAUCCAGAAUUUGGGGGGGGGCUCAUGCCAUAUUUUCAAUGGGGA